CCAUCCCCCCAUUCCCAACACAACCCCCAAACAAAACAAAAACGUUGGACAUACCCCACGAUGCUCACUCAUCAUGUUGCUUCUGUCAAAACAUGCUUAAAUUUGAAGCUCUAGAAACACAAAGUUUGUGUCUUUAUAUAUAUAUAUUCUCCACACUAGUGGUGGUGGUGGAGGUGGAGGAGAUGAAUUGCGGUGGUCCUGGUGGUGGUGGAAGUGGUGGUGGGGUUAGAACUGGGAUUGGCUUAGUAGGAAUGAGGUCACCAUUUACAGUUUCACAAUGGCAAGAGUUGGAGCAUCAAGCCCUGAUCUUUAAAUACAUGAUGGCAGGUUUGCCUGUGCCUCCUGAUCUUGUUCUUCCUAUUCAAAAGAGCUUUGACUCCAUUUCUUCACGCUUUUUUCAUCACCGCACCAUGGGUUAUUAUUCCUUCUAUGGAAAAAAGGUUGAUCCUGAGCCAGGACGUUGCAGGAGAACUGAUGGCAAAAAAUGGCGGUGCUCCAAAGACACAUACCCAGACUCAAAGUACUGUGAGCGCCACAUGCACCGCGGCCGCAACCGUUCAAGAAAGCCUGUGGAAUUACAAACCAUGACACAGUCAUCAUCUACCAUGACUUCGCUGACUGUCACUGGAAGCAGCACUGAGACUGUAAGCUUCCUGAAUAUUCCAUUACAUGCCUUUAGUAAUCUCCAAGGCACUGGUUCUGGAACCAAUUCGUCCCAUUAUCAUGUGGAGUCUAUCGCCUAUGGAAUCCCAAACAAAGAUUACAGGUACCAUCAAGGAGUACUUAAACCUGAAGUUGGGGAGCAUAGUUUCUUCUCUGAAGCAUCUGGAAGCAAUAGAGGUAUCCAGAUGGACUCACAGAUAGAUAACACAUGGCCUCUGAUGCAGUCUAGAGUCGCUACAGUUCCCCAGUCAAAAGCAAGCAAAACAUCGACUGAUUACUCACAGCAUUCAUUUUUCAGUAGCGAAUUUACUUCCGGAGAGCAUAUAAAACAGGAGGGUCAGUCGCUUCGACCUUUCUUUGAUGAGUGGCCUAAGGCAAGGGACACGUGGUCUUGUCUUGAAGAUGAGAGAUCUAACCAGACAUCAGUCUCAACGACUCAGCUCUCAAUAUCCAUUCCAAUGUCUUCAUCUGACUUUUCAGCUACAAGUUGUCCAUCUCCCCAAGAUAAUUUAGAGGGCAUAAAUUGAGAAUUCCCAGAGCUACACCACGCCAGUCACAAACAAGUGCUGCUAGUAUGUUCGCUUGCAUACUCAAUUCAAAUCGUGGACACAUGCAAUCUACAGAUUGUGGACGCAUGCAAUCUACAGAAAGCUUCAUGUUUGUGGCAUGGAUGCAUAGAUGUUGUGUAAUAUUUUGCAUUUGCAGGUUGAAGUGUUACAAAUGAAAUUAAACAAACAAAUUCUAGGUGGUAUUUGAGAAGUUAAAAGCUUUAAAUUCCAUUAAAUGAUAGAGUAAUAGCUUGACCUGCUUGUUUUUCAGUGAUCGUUAAUAAAUAAAGUUUUUGGUUUGUUUCA